AUGCUCGCCACCCGUCGUCCCAGCCCUCUUCCUAUCAACGACUUCAUACUUGACGCUGAGGAUAGCCCCAUAUCCUCCGGAACACCCUGGCCGGUGUCCGCAUUUGCGCGCGACGCUGCUGUCGCGCAGGCGCGGCGGGACUACGAGGAGUACAUGAGGAGGUUUAUGCUCGCCAACAAGGUCGUCGGCGAGGCCUUGCCGGUGGAUAGUCCCAUUGCGCAGCUGUUGCGCGCAAUGAAGGCCCUGGCGGAUGAGAAGCUGGAAGACUACGUGCACAUUGCGCGCCUGCGAAGAGGGCGAUCUCCGGUCUUCGACCGUGCCUUCCCUUGUGCGCUAUAA